GUCGGUCGCACUAAGCCGAGCUCUGCCUGCGUGCCGUCUUCGGUCGGGAAGGCAAAUCAAAAAAAGUCUUUCGAAGAUAAGCGGCCUUUCUUUCCCAAAGUCUUUUUCCUUCGCGCCCCUCUCCACCCUUUUCGGGCGCUCAAAACUGCGAUUUCUACAAUUUCUUUUUGACCGCCUGACGCACCUCAGCGGCAAUGUUUGUGCUCAGGAAUGUUGGGAAGCUCCUCUUCGGCUCCAGCAACCAGGAGUCGAUGAUUGAGCUGCCACAAGGCCAGCUGUAUCUUGUCCGGCCGCUUUCACCAAAGGGUUACUCCGAGCUCAUCUUCAAGGACGCUUCGGCCCGGAUUCGGCGCACGGCACAGGACUACCAUUACCAGCUAGUUGUACAACGGGUUUACGAGGAGGGAGAAGCCGAGCUGUUGGCCGAGGAGGGCGAAGACGCCGAGGCUGAUGCGGACGUCCUAGCAGGCGAGCGGGACGAAAAGACGUUUUUGCUUGACGAAGCACUCCAUUUUCGCGUCGAGAACCGAGAAGGGAGCGAGCGAGUUCUGGCUUGGCGGGACCUGAGCGGAGACGCAGGCGACGUAUACGAAUUUGUCUGCGACCCCACCAUCCAGCCUUCUCAGGUCGAGCAAUUUGAGCAGAUCGCCAGGCGCUGCCAGUACGAGCGCAAGUACCGAAAACCGCACACCACAGCUACGGAGGAAGACUUGGCACAGUUCCAGUUUGACGAGCAACCCAUCCCCCAAGCGAGCCCCAUCCAUAGCCCGACGAUUACCAGGUCCUUGGACCCCUCCGACUCGAUGGUGCUCGGCAAGCCUGCAGCCAAUACCCGCGUUAAGCGCGAAAACGUGCGUGAGACUGGGACCACGCCAGCGAACACGAGCAAGGAGAAUGAUAUGAAACCUCCUGCGGUCUCGGCGCACCCCGAAGCUCGCGAGAUUCUCGCGGCAGAGGUUGCCGAGCUCCACUUCUUCGACUUCCCGUCAGGCACAUUUGUUCUCCAGGAUGCAGCCGUGACGGCGACAGUGACAGAGAUUGGCGACUGGCAAUAUUGGCUUCAAGUCAAGAGCUCAGACCGGGAUUGGCUAGGAAUUCCUGUCGUUGCGGACAUCAACCCUGUAUUCAACUUCGAGUUCUUGUCCUUCAUCUUCAAUCAGUUUACCGACGAUGGCUCCGCCUACUCAUGGCUCCUUCGAUUCAAAGACCAGCCUACACUUGAGAGGUUUCAGGAUGGUCUUCUUCAGGCUCUAUGGGAGCAACUGAACGAGACGAAGUGGUCCAAGAUCAAGGACAAGGAACGAGAUUAUGUGGCGGACGCCUUCAACGACCUUACAAUGGAAGAUUCCGAGCAGGCUGAAGAGGAGGAGGAGGAGCAGGAGGAGCAUGCCGAAGAGGAUGAAGAAGAGGAGGAUGACCGGCCACGGAGCGAGCACUACGACAGUGACGAAGAUGCAGACGAUGUCGAGUACAAGCCCAAAGACAACGAUGUCAACAAGCAACUCGCUGUUGGCUACAAGCACGACCGGUCGUUUGUCGUCCGUGGAUCCAAGAUCGGCGUGUUCAAGCACACGCCCGACAACCAUCUCGAGUUCAGCACCAAUAUCUCCAAGGUCGAGACGCCCAAAGGCGAGCUGUUCUCCCCAAAGAAGGUCAUGCUUCACAAUGAAGACCGCAACCUCAUUCUCCAAAAGGACUCGGAACCGAACAAGCUCUACCGCAUGGAUCUUGAGUAUGGCAAGGUCGUCGAUGAGUGGACGGUCCAUGAGGACAUCCCGGUGGUAACAUUCGCGCCCGAGAACAAGUUCGCUCAGAUGACGCAUGAGCCCACGUUCCUAGGCAUCAGCAAAAAUGCUCUUUACCGUGUGGACCCUCGUCUGUCAGGCACGAAGCUCGUCGAUGCACAACUCAAGCAAUACGUGAGUAAAAACGACUUUUCGGCGAUUGCGACAACCGGAAAGGGCUACAUCGCCGUGGCUUCCAACAAGGGAGACGUCCGGCUCUUCGACCGUCUGGGGAUCAACGCCAAGACGCAUAUCCCCGCUCUCGGUGAGCCCAUCAUCGGUCUCGAUGUGUCGGCCGACGGUCGCUGGGUGCUUGCCACGUGCCGUACGUAUCUCCUUCUCAUCGACGCGCUUCAGAAGUCGGGCAAGAACGAGGGCAAGCUGGGUUUUGAGAAGUCCUUCGCCGCCGACGACAAGCCGCAACCCCGUCGUCUCGCCCUAACGCCCGAACACGUCGCGCAGUUUGCCUACGAGACAGGCAAAGGGGUUAAUUUCACUCCGGCCAAGUUCAAUACGGGCGAGGGCGCCGAAGAGACCAGCAUCAUCACCGCGACGGGCCCAUACAUCAUCGAAUGGAGCCUUAAGAAGGUUCUGAGCGGGCGGAAGGCGCCAUAUCUGAUCAAGCGCUACACGGAUGAUGUCAAGGCGGACGACUUCAAGUUUGGCACAGACAAGAAUGUCAUUGUCGCGCUGCCGCACGAGGUUAACAUGGUCAAUCACGCCCGUCUCAAGAGACCCACCAGGGAAAGCAUUGCGGGCGACUUUGGCAUUGCUGGGCGCAGGGGCUCGGGACGUAUCGGGACACCGAGAAGCGGGAGGUACAAGCUGGGAAAGGAGGACGUUGUCAAGGAGGCGUUUUGAAUGGGCGGAUAGCUGUUGUGGACUCGGGGGGGUCGUUUGUCUUUGGCGGAGAAGUGAGGUUGGCGCAUUUGCUCUUCAUUUCAGUACCCCUUUUUCGGAUGGUCCGUUUUUUUCUUCGGCAGUUCAACGAUUCCCCAAUAUUUCCUUGUGAUGGCUUGUUAGACGACUUUUUAGGUCGAUACCUGGAAUUGUUUUCAUUCGCAACACUUUGAUACAUGAAGCUACCUUUUACUUGGGCGGCUCACUGAUAUGUUUCCGAGUCGUCAUCACUUUGCGACCCAAUGGU